AUCUCUAAUUUAAACGUCAUGGGAACUAGGUCGAAGGAAUAGUCCAUGUCUAACUUAUUGGACUAUUUUAUUACUUUAGCGAGCCCUUCUCCAUUAAAUUAUUAUCUAAUUAGUGCUCCUAAAAAUCGUACUGACGAUGACAUUUAUUUAUGAAACAUAGAUAGUUGGAUUUCAUAAAACAUCAGUGGAGAACAAAUCGAAGGAAAUAAUUAUAUAUGGCAUAAUCAGUGGGUCAUAAUGGCCGAUAAUCACAGCCUGAACUAUGAUGUGAGAGAGUUAAAGUUGGGGGCUAGUUUCACUAACAAUAAGGCAUCUCAGUAUCACACAAUCAAAUAUGACUUCAAACCGGCGUCAGUUGACGUUAACAAAAUGGCAACGGUGGAUGUUGGAACAAAUAAUCAAGUGACUGUCACUGUACCACAUCUAGAUGGUGCUGGUGUCCCACAGACUGUAUUCAAAGGCAACCAGAGGCCUUACACAAAGGAGUGUGUGCUUAUCAUAGACAGAGUUACCGGCGAGAUUACACUGGAGAAGCUCUCUAGUAAUAUUCAAGUUAAAAAGACAAGACAAGAAACGACACAGAAGCCGCGGCCGCUGACGCCCGUGACCACAGACUUCACGAACACGACGCAGCGGUCCACGUCACGCACGCGUGUCGCCACCAACAGACGUAGCAAUCCUGCCACAGCACCUGGAGCCGCUCAGCCGAACAACCCGGUACGAUUUAAUGGCUCAAGCAGUAUGACAAAGCCGACGCUGGUGAGAUCACCGCCGCGGCAGAAGACGUCACCCCCACAGGCUGCGCCUUGGUCGGGCGGAGGCAACAGCACGCUCGCGUCGCUGCCUAUGAUCGGGCUGGACGACGCGCUGGGCGGCCCGCCCCCCGCCGCCGCGCCCUCGCUGGGCUCGCUGGCCGCGCUCCCCGCCAGCGCGCCCCCGCCCGCCGCCGCGCCCCCUCACAACGGGUACGCGCGCGCCUACGAGCGCCCCGCGCCCGCGCCCGCGCCCCCGCCGGAGCGCGCCUACCCGCCGCCCGCGCCCCACCACCAGCCGCCACCGCAACAAGACGACAGCUCAUCAAGUUCGUCAAGUGAAAGCGGUAGCGACUCUGAUAGCGGGAGCGAUAGCGACGACAACGAUUCCAGCGCGCACCAUCCUAUACCUAAUGGUAACGUGGCUCCGAACCCAGCGUUACCUAGUGACGUGCUCAACGAUGAUCUCUGCCUGUCCGAAUCCGGUAGCGACUCCGACUGACCUCACGAAAACUUCUUUAUUUCAUCGGGUUUGGGUGUCUUAAUUUCUAACGUUAUACUCUACUCGCCCUCACAAAACAGAUUACUCGUCAAACUUGGCAAGUGUACGUCACGUAUUAUGACACUUAUCCUUUCUACUCUAUAUGCACGGAGUAGAUAACGAAUGGAAUGCUUGAGCCCUCAGCUCGCUGGCUUAUGACCAGCACAGAACAAAUAUUUAUUUUACGUUGGUAUUUGUUCUUAUCGUUCGUGCAAUAAGAUUUGUGUCUUACAACCGCACCAAUUUCUGACCACAAGAUAUCUGAAAAAUACGCAUGCUUCUGGAAUUAAAUUCGAAUAAUGCGUCAUGCCCAUAGCGACUCCAGUUGAUUACUACUCUGUGCCCGCGUAAUAUAAUUGUGUGAGCGUGCGGUCUGCGGCGCUCGCUCUAGUGUUACAUGUUGACUUGCCAUGUUUUGAAAUAUUUUUGUAAUGUAAGAGAUGGUACAUUAAAGUAUAAUAUUUUUUAUGUCAGAUUUAUUUUAUUCAUAAUUUUUAAGUAAAAUGAACUUAAUUGUUAUGCAUUGUUGACAUAAUGAAAGAUAAUCGUAACGUGCCUCAUAUGAACAUUGAUAUUUUAUUUUAUUUUAUGCCAAUAUUUGUAAAAGAUAGAUUUAAGUAAGUACGUAAUGAUUGGUAAUAAUAAUAAUUUAUCGCGAUGUUCAUUUAUUUAAAUAUAGUCAAUAUCUAAAAGUUGCAAUAAUCCCUUGUACAGGAGGACUACGAGAAUAAAUAUUGUAUUAUAUGAUGAACAUGAUAGUUUGUCGAGAGAUAUAAAUCGUUUUGUAUGUACAUAGAUGAGAGAACUUAAUAAUAUUAAUGAUAAUACGGUUGUUGUGGUUGUUAACUCGCAAAACCUGGAAUUGUGUGCCUUCAGCAAAUACAUUGCUAAUUUAUUUUGGAUCAUUACGUUGUCUAAUAUUAAUAGACGUUACCUACCCAAUUAUGUCCACAUGCUCUUUUUACUUAUGAGAAUAUAAACGAAAUACGAAAUGAAA